UUUUGCAAAGAGACCCACGUUUACAGAAUUGUAACCCUAAAAGGCAUGGACGAGCGAGAUCGAUGGAGGAGCACUUUCCUUUACUCCGCCGCCGUCAGAUUCGCCGUGUUCUCGCCGGAGCAGAACGGUGGGAGUUUCAUGGCGUCCAAUGGCUCAUUUUUUCAUCGCCGGCGGUCAUUGAGUCGGAGGAGAGGUUCGCCCCGUGCGACUGGCGAAGGUAGAACGCGGUUGGUUGGAUUGGAAGUGAGGUAAAUGGCUGAUGAGUAUAGAGUUGAGUUUUGAUGGAAGAGUGAUGUUAAUGUUGAGAUUUGAGAACACCAAAGCUUCUGACAGAGAGAAAUCGUGAAAUCGAGAAGGGAGAUAGGAACAAUCUGAAUGGGAAGCUUUAAAUUUGAUGUCAAAACUUGCAGUUAAGAAGAUAUAUAUUGUGUAAAUCAGAGCAUAAGUAGUGUAAGAGUGAUUGGCAGAAAUAUAUUAAGAUUGUAUUGCUAUGUGCACCAGGAUGUAAGCAUCUGUUUUAAGUAGAACACAAUUGUAAGCAUCUGAUCACCCUUGAUGUGAAUGUUGAUGUAUUAAGCCUGGUCCUCACUCAAGGAUCAUAUACGGCCUGCUUGAUUACAGUUAUGUAAAACAGCUCGUUUGGUAUGAACAGUUUUUGAAAACAGUUCCUAAAAACAGUUUUAAAUUUCCAGUUUAUAAAACUAAAAAACCAAAACAUCUCAGAGAUGUUUUCUGUUUCUGUUUAAAGUUUUCUAAUCACAGUUUUUCCAGCUUUGGAAAACAUAUGCUCAAACCUUUUUUUUCUUUCUGUACUGAUAUGGGCGUAUCAUAUAAUAGGGCACAUUAAUUCUGUAAGCGUCAAGAAGUUAGGAUUUAUGUAUUUAGACAAAUAGUCUGGGCGGCCCGAGAUCCCAAGCAGGUCAGAACCGAAGUAUAAAUAAAAAGCACCCACCCAAGCGGUAGGGGGAUUUCACUUUUGAACAUUGACAUUGAUCUUUCUUGGCUCUCUCUCUAUCUGAAAUUCUUAGACUUGGUUUCAUACCGGAACAUUAGCGCCCACCGUGGGGAACCAUUCCCUUGAAAUCCAAAUUGGAAAAAGAUGAACAGUCUAUCAUUACAUAAAGGCUAAGGACACAACUAUCUCCAUCAAUUUGCCCAAACUUAACUUUCACCUUAACUAAACUAGUAAACUAGAGAAAAAAGAUUAAUAGUAGUUAAAAUCUGAGUUACAUAUCCCUUGCUAUCUGUCGUGACCUUGUGCAGACCAGGGGUGAAGAAGAAGAAUCUAGAGAGUUGACCAGAUUUGAAUACGAAUCUAGUAACAGAGUCGACAGAGUCGAAUUUUGAGAGAGUGGGGGCAUGGAAAGAUUAAGCUUGCUAAGGACUGCAACUCCUUGUAAAAUAGAAAAAGGAUUACUUUGCUAUAUUGAUAAGUAUAAGUCUACUAUAGUAAAGGUCACCAAUUCAUAAGAAACCAGGACAAGCAAUAAUGUUUGCUUAUAAACCAUAUCUAUUACGUAGUAGAAACUGAAGGUGUAUUAGAAUAGAAAUUUAAUCAUUAUAUAAAUAAUAGGCUCUUAAAAUAAAAAAAUCAUUUUUAAAUUCUUUCAAUAUUACCUUGAUUUUUUUAUUUGUUAUAUUCUGUAGUCAAAAUCUCUUAAAAAUAAAUCUUUAUAUUCUGCCAGCUUUGUUUCUUCUUUGCAUUUGAGGCAUUAUCCAAGGAACUUGUUUUCUGUUCACUUUUGUCUUUGUCAGUCCACAUUAUCAUGCCAAAACAAACUAUAUUUAAUUGACAUGCUGACAUAAUAGUUAUUCUAUAUAUUCUGCCAGCUUUGUUUCUUCUUAGCAUUUGUUCAUAAUUCAAGAAAUAGUCAUGGAGAAAACUUGCUUCAUCUUCAUUCUUGUCUUGUCAUUCCACCAUAUCAUGGCAGCCCCAGACAUAAGCAACACCAAUUCCACAGACCAAUCUGCACUUCUUGCCUUCAAAUCUUAUAUCACCUUUGAUCCUCAAGAUACCUUGACCAAUAAUUGGUCUACCUCUUCCUCUGUGUGCAACUGGUUUGGGGUAACUUGUGAUGUCAAAAAUGGGAGGGUCAUAGGUGUAGCUCUCACCAACAUGAAAUUAAAUGGGACCCUUCCACCUCACUUAGGAAACUUAACUUUCCUUGUUGAUCUUGACCUUCACAACAAUAGCUUUCAUGGAACUUUACCAAAAGGGUUAUCCUUGUUACCUAGAUUGAAGGUGGUCAACUUGUGCACCAACAGUUUCGGUGGAGGAUUUCCAUCAUGGAUUGGGGAGUUAUCUAAACUCCAAAAUUUGAGUCUUUGCAAUAACACUUUUUCAGGUUCAAUUCCUUCAUCCCUAUCCAAUUUGUCAGAACUGGAGGCUUUGGAUUUGAGCUUUAAUUUUUUAUAUGGAAGCAUUCCACCUGAGCUUGGAAGGCUUCAAAAUUUGAAGGUAUUGAAUUUGGGGUACAAUCAACUUUCCAGUGAUAUCCCUUCUUCAAUCUUCAAUAUCUCCACGUUGGAAGUGAUUAGAUUGGAGUAUAACUCUUUAUCAGGAAGCAUCCCUAAAAAACUUGGUGAUCUACCACAACUAAGAAGCAUAAGUUUGAGCAAAAACAACCUUUCAGGCUCAAUUCCGUCAUCCUUCUUCAAUUUGUCCACGCUUCAAGAGAUUCAAUUUAUUUACAAUAACCUAUCUGGCUCGUUGCCACCGGAUAUGUGUCACACGUUUCCCAUGCUUCAAUUGCUUGACCUAUCUGGGAAUUCACUUUUUGGUCAAAUUCCAUCAAGUUUGAAUCAAUGUAAGGAGCUCAAGUAUCUGAGGAUGAUCAGUAAUCGAUUAUCUGGAAACCUGCCCAGUGAUGUCGGAAGAUUAUCUAUGCUUGAGGAGUUGGACCUUAGUAACAACAAUCUAACAGGUUCACUUCCUCCGUCUCUUUUCAACAUAUCCUCUUUGAGACUAAUAAAUCUUCGAAACAACUUCUUCAAUGGCCAACUUCCUGAGGAGAUGUGUCAGCAUGCCAAGUCCCUCCAACAAAUUUCUAUCUUAAAUAACAAAGUUGGGGGAAUCAUUCCAAGGUCUAUUAACAACUGCACCUCCCUCAAACGCUUAUUUUUGGGAGGAAAUUUUUUUACAGGUACCAUACCUCAUGAGAUUGGUGACUACCUAAGAAACCUUGAAAAAUUGCAUUUGCAAGGUAACAGACUGAGAGGGUCUAUUCCAACAAGCAUCUUCAACAUCUCAGGGCUAAUUAGUUUGUCACUAUCAAAUAACCAACUGUCAGGCAACAUUCCAAUUAAAGCACAUCAUAGCAUGUCCAACCUCCAGUUCUUGUACCUUUCAGCUAACAAUCUCAGUGGAGAAAUUCCCAGUGGCCUUUUCAAUGCUACAGAGCUUCUUGAACUAGUACUUGCCAACAAUACAUUAACAGGAAUCAUACCUGAAUCAGUUGGGAAUUUAAGAAAUCUCCAACUCUUUUAUCUGAUAGGGAACCAAUUGACUAGUGAUCCAGCCUCUUCAGAAAUGGGUUUCCUAACUUCAUUGACCAAUUGUAGACAAUUGGAAAAAAUUCUGCUAUCAUUCAAUCCUCUUAACGGAACACUUCCAAAUUCUAUUGGAAACUUUUCAAACACUCUACAAACUUUGGAUGCCUGGAGGUGUAAUAUCAAGGGUGAAAUCCCUUCACAGAUCGGCAAUUUAAAGAACUUGUUUGACAUCAAUCUAAACGAAAACCAACUUACAGGUCAUGUUCCUAGUACAAUUGGCACUUUGCAGCUUCUCCAACGUUUGGAUCUUUCAUUCAACAAACUAAAUGGUUUAAUCCCAGAUCAGAUUUGCCAUUUGCUUAAACUGAAUGAGUUGCGCCUUAGCGAAAAUCAGAUUUCUGGGCCAGUUCCAGAAUGCUUAAGGUUUCUUACUUCUCUAAGAAACCUUUACUUGGAUUCCAAUUACUUGAACGCUACAAUACCCUCUUCCCUUUGGAGCCUCACAGAUAUCUUGGAGGUGAACUUAUCCUCUAAUGGUUUUGUAGGGUCACUGCCAGAUGAGUUAAGUGCCAUGUUUGCUCUGAUAAAAUUGGACAUAUCAAACAAUUACCUUUCAGGGGAACUUCCAAUUGGUAUUGGUGGCUUGCAAAAGAUAAUGAACUUGUCGUUAGCUAAUAAUAUGUUACAAGGGCGUAUUCCUGAUUCAGUUGGAAACAUGUUAAGCUUGGAAUUUUUGGACCUUUCUCAUAACCUUUUAUCAGGCAUCAUCCCCAAGUCAAUUGAGAAACUUCUUUAUCUCAAAUCCAUCAACUUGUCUUAUAAUAAACUAGAAGGUGAAAUUCCUUCUGGUGGCAGUUUCAUAAAUUUCACAGCUCAAUCCUUCAACAUGAACUCAGCACUUUGUGGGAAACCUGAGCUAGAAGUACCACCAUGUCCAAGUCAUAGUGCGAAACAUAACAGGACAAGAAACAAACUUUUACUGAAAUUGAUUAUACCAUUAAUUUUUGCUGGCAUGUUUCUUGUUUUUGCAAUUCUUCUGAUAUACCGGAAACAAUGCAACAGAGGUUCAAAUAACUUGGAUUUUCCAACACUUCUAACUACAAGUAGAAUUCCCUACCAUGAGCUUGUGGAGGCAACACAUAAAUUUGACGACAGCAAUCUUGUUGGAAGAGGAAGUUUUGGUUCUGUGUACAAGGGUAAGCUUUCAAAUGGACUAAUGGUUGCAAUUAAAGUAUUCCAUUUUGAGAAUGAGCAAGAAACAUCAAGGAGUUUUGAUAAGGAAUGUGAAGCAUUGUGCAAUCUUCGCCAUCGUAAUCUAGUUAAAGUCAUCACUAGUUGUUCCAAUGCCUUUGAUUUCAAGGCCCUGGUAAUGGAAUUUGUGCCUAACGGGGACUUGGAGAAGUGGUUGUAUUCUCAUAACUAUUUCCUAAGUUUCAUGCAAAGACUAAACAUAGUGAUAGAUAUUGCAUCUGCCUUGGAGUAUCUCCAUCAUGAUAACCCCAACUCUGUUGUGCACUGUGACCUGAAGCCAAGCAAUGUUUUGUUGGAUGAAGAUAUGGUAGCUCAUGUGUGUGAUUUUGGCAUAUCUAAACUCUUGGAAGAAGGGCAACUUCAAGUGCAUACAAACACUCUUGCAACUCCUGGUUAUAUUGCACCAGAAUUUGGAUCGGAAGGCAUUGUGUCCAUUAAAGGAGAUGUUUACAGCUUCGGUAUUAUGCUUAUGGAACUAUUUACAACAAAGAGACCAACAGAUCAAAUGUUUGUAGGGGGAAUAAGUUUAAGGUCAUGGAUCCAAGAGUCAAUGCCAAAUAAGAUUAUUCAAGUUAUAGACCCGAAUCUGAUGGAGGGAGAGGAACAAUUUAUUUCUGCCAAGGAAGCAGCUAUAUCAAAUAUCAUGUUGUUGGCUUUGAAUUGCUCUGCAGACUCCCUUGAUGAGAGGAUGAGUAUGGAUGAAGUCUUACGUCGCUUGAUCAAAAUCAAAACCACAUUUCAGCAAGGAAAUUCAAGUUAGGAAAAACCAUAAAGUCAUAUUGUAUUGUCAUAAAAGGCUUUUGUUGUAAUAAUCUAUUUGUUGAAAAUUCUCACACUACACAAAAAAUGACCUUUAUUGCACCUACUUUUAACAAUUUUAUGUGAAAGUACUAAAUAACAAUUUUAUAGAAGUUAAAGAAUUAUGAAUCUAUUGUUUGAA